AUGGUUCAAAGUUCGGCAUUCUUUGCUUUAUCUCUUCCUGAAAUGCAGGUGUCCUACAUGGAAAUUUACUGUGAACGCGUGCGUGAUCUGCUGAAUCCGAAGAGUCGAGGAAACCUACGAGUUCGGGAGCAUCCUUUGCUCGGACCGUAUGUAGAAGACCUGUCAAAAUGUGCCGUCCAGUCGUUUCGCGACGUCAAUGAACUGAUAGAUGUCGGUAACAAAUCCCGGUGA